GACUACUAUGGCUCCUAGGUGUAGGGAUAUGAUCUAUUGUAUGACUACUAUGGCUCUUAGGUGUAGGGAUACGCUCUAUUGUAUGACUACUAUGGCAACUUGGUGUAGGGAUAUACUCUAUUGUAUGACUAAUGUGAGCCUUUUGUGUAGCGAUAUGUUCUAUUGUAUGACUAAAAUGGGGAUUAUAUGUAGAGAUAUGUUCUAGUGUAUGACUACGUAUGAUGCUAUGCAAUAAAUCACUCUAAAGGUUUCUAAAUUUUUACACUCAAAUAAAUUGCUUGAAAUUUUUCCAAAUAAUUUUCUAUUCAAAAUAUGCUGUCAGCAAUGUUCCCUUUAAGCUGCGCGGCUGCGCGGCAGCGCAGCAAUCUCACAGAUGCCGCGCAGCAGUUUUUAGUACCGCGCAGUUAAUUUACACUUAAGUGUGUUUUUGUGUCUUUAAUCUGAAAAUUUUGCGCACAAAAAAAAUUGAUGCUGUAAAAAUUUGCACACAACUUUAUUAUUUUGCACAUGAACCAACAAACCAUAGAGGGACAUUGGCUGUCAGUCCCAAUAGGCAUUGAAACUGCAGAAAACGGUUUUCUUAGCUAAAAUUAAUGCCUGAUUCUUUCCCUUAUGGCUCUUUUGUUUACAAGGUUUGCCUAUCCCUGGCCAUCUGACACCGGAAAGUCUCCCAUCUUUGCCUAUCCCUGACCUAUGCCACCUGACACAGGAAAGUCUCCCAUCUUUGCCUAUCCCUGGCCUAUGCCACCUGACACAGGAAAGUCUCCCAUCUUUGCCUAUCCCUGGCCUAUACCACCUGACACAGGAAAAUCUCCCAUCUUUGCCUGUCCUUGGUCUAUGCCUGCCAUCUGACACGGGAAAGUCUCCCAUCUUUGCCUAUCCCUGGCCUAUGCCAUCUGACACAGCAAAAUCUCCGAUCUUUGCCUAUCCCUGGCCUAUGCCACCUGACACAUGAAAGUGUCAUAUAAACAUUGAUUCAUUUGUGGUCAAAUUCAAUAAUUGUAUUUUCAGAAUUCUGAAUAUCUUGUGUUUGUUACAGUUACAAAUUUUAUAUAAAAGUGAUGUUCAUAUCCCACAUACGACAGUUUCAUGUUUUAUAUAAAAGUGAUGGUAAUCUCAAACCUACGAUAGCUUACUGUUUUAUAUAAAAUCCAUAGCCACGUUGUCAUUUCAUCUUCAAAUGGCUUUCAUAGCCACGUUGUCAUUUCAUCUUCAAAUGGCUUUCAUAGCCACGUUGUCAUUGGUUUCACGUUUAUUUUGCAGGUUCGGCUCCAAAAGACGAGGUAAGAGAACAGGUGUCAUCUUUAACAAUGACAUGGAUGACUUCAGCUCACCACAUGUCAUCAAUGAAUGGGGACUUUCUCCGUCUAAAGCAAACGCCAUCGUCCCCAGGAAACGUCCCCUCUCUUCCAUGUGUCCUUGCAUUUUUGUAGACCAUCAUGGGAAAGUUGUUCUAAUUUUAGGAGCGGCUGGAGGGUCAAAGAUUACAACUGCAACAGCAUGGGUCAGUUUAUACUUUACAGCAUGGGUCAAGUUAUACUUUACAGCAUGGGUCAGUUUAUACUUUAAAGCAUGGGUCAGUUUAUACUUGACAGCAUAGGGCAGUUUAUACUUUACAGCAUGGGUCAGUUUAUACUUUAAAGUGUGGGUCAGUUUAUACUUUACAGCAUGGGUCAGUUUAUACUUGACAGCAUGGGUCAGUUUAUACUUGACAGCAUGGGUCAGUUUAUACUUGACAGCAUGGGUCAGUUUAUACUUGACAGCAUGGGUCAGUUUAUACUUUACAACAUGGGUCAGUUUAUUCUUUGCAGCAUGGGUCAGUUUAUACUUUACAGCCUGGGUCAGUUUAUACUUUACAGCAUGAGUCAUUUUAUUCUUUGCAGCAUGUGUCAGUUUAUACUUUACAGCAUGGGUCAGUUCAUACUUGACAGCAUGGGUCAGUGUAUACUUUACAGCAUGGGUCAGUUUACACUUUACAGCAUGGGUCAGUUUAUACUUGACAGCAUGGGUCAGUUUAUACUUUACAGCAUGGUUCAGUUUACACUUUAAAGUGUGGGUCAGUUUAUACUUUACAGCAUGGGUCAGUUUAUACUUUACAGCAUGGGUCAGUUUAUACUUGACAGCAUGGUCAGUUUAUACUUGACAGCAUGGGUCAGUUUAUACUUUACAGCAUGGGUCGGUUUAUACUUUACAGCAUGGGUCAGUUUAUACUUUACAGCAUCGGUCAGUUUAUACUUUACAGCAUGGGUCAGAUUAUAAUUUACAGCAUGGGUCAGUUAAUGCUUUACAGCUUUGGUCAGUUUAUAAUUUACAGCUUUGGUCAGUUUAUACCUUACUGCAUGGGUCAGUUUAUUCCUUACAGCAUGGGUCAGUGUAUACUUUACAGCAUGGGUCAGUUUAUACUUUACAGCAUGGAUUAGUUUAUACUUUACAGCAUGGGUCAGUUAAUGCUUUACAGCUUUGGUCAGUUAUAAUUUAAAGCUUUGGUCAGUUUAUACCUUACUGCAUGGGUCAGUUUAUACCUUACAGCAUGGGUCAGUUUAUACUUUACAGAUUUGCUCAGUUUAUACUUUACAGCUUGGGACAGUUUUUAUUCUUUACAGCAUUGGUCAAAUUACAAUUUUACACGUAUCUUCUCUAAACACAUAAAAAAAAAAAAUUCGACUCUAGUUUUGUAAAAUAAAAUGAUGAAUGAGGAAAGAUAACUGUUAUAAGAAUGCUCUGACUCAAAGAAUUGUCUAAGUUCUUUAAAAAAAACAGCAUCCGAAGUUUAUUAUUUUAUUUGUUGUCCCGCACCAUCUAUCUCCCCACACAUGUGGGAGACUUGUCUGACUACACCAUCUAUCUCCCCACACAUGUUGGAGACUUGUCUGACUACACCAUCUAUCUCCCCACACAUGUUGGAGACUUGUCUGACUACACCAUCUAUCUCCCCACACAUGUUGGAGACUUGUCUGACUACACCAUCUAUCUCCCCACACAUGUUGGAGACUUGUCUGACUACACCAUCUAUCUCCCCACACAUGUUGGAGACUUGUCUGACUACACCAUCUAUCUCCCCACACAUGUUGGGAGACUUGUCUGACUACACCAUCUAUCUCCCCACACAUGUUGGAGACUUGUCUGACUACACCAUCUAUCUCCCCACACAUGUUGGAGACUUGUCUGACUACACCAUCUAUCUCCCCACACAUGUUGAUGACUUGUCUGACUACACCAUCUAUCUCCCCACACAUGUUGGAGACUUGUCGGACUACGCCAUCUAUCUCCCCACACAUGUUGGAGACUUGUCUGACUACACCAUAUAUCUCCCCACACAUGUUGGAGACUUGUCUGACUACACCAUCUAUCUCCCCACACAUGUUGGAGACUUGUCUGACUACACCAUAUAUCUCCCCACACAUGUUGGAGACUUGUCUGACUACACCAUCUAUCUCCACACACUUAUUGGAGACAUGUCUGACUACACCAUCUAUCUCCCCACACAUGUUGGAGACUUGUCUGAAAACACGACAACACCAUCUAUCUCCCCACACAUGUUGGAGACUUGUCUGAAAACACGACAACACCAUCUAUCUCCCCACACAUUUUAGAGACUUGUCUGAAAACACGACAACACCAUCUAUCUCCCCACACAUGUUAGAGACUUGUCUGAAAACACGACAACACCAUCUAUCUCCCCACACAUGUUGGAGACUUGUCUGAAAACACGACAACACCAUCUAUCUCCCCACACAUGUUGGAAGCUUGUCUGAAAAAACGACAACACCAUCUAUCUCCCCACACAUGUUGGAGACUUGGCUGAAAACACGACAACACCAUCUAUCUCCCCACACAUGUUGGAGACUUGUCUGACUACACCAUCUAUCUCCCCACACUUAUUGGAGACUUGUCUGUCUGACUACACCAUCUAUCUCCCCACACUUAUUGGAGACUUGUCUGACUACACCAUCUAUCUCCCCACACUUGUUGGAGACUUGUCUGACUACACCAUCUAUCUCCCCUCACAUAUAUUUCUAUGUCGAUUCGAUGAUAUUAAUAGGAUCAAAUUUACGCAAGAAUUUUGUAACGACUUGAUUGAAUCCAUGUCUAUAUUCUUUGUGCUCCCCUAAGGUGGCUGCUCACGUCCUGUGGUUAGGGGAGGAUAUCGAGAAGGCUAUCAAUAAGCCGAGGUUACACCACCAGUUGCUUCCCCCUAACAUUGAAUAUGAGCCUGGCACUGAUAAGGUCAUUGAUUUGUAUAAACUUAUCGGCAGUUUUUUAUGUCGUUUUUUUUCGCUUUAAAAAAAAAAUAAAACAAACAUUAUAUUAUAUGAGUAAAUAAGUCUCAGAUUCUUAUAUUUGUGAUUAUUAAAACAAAAAUAAUAAUUUUAUGAGCACCUCACUGUAGCACACGAUUGUAAACAUUGGUCUUCGCCUUACACAGAGCAUUUUAUGGAACUUAGAGGAGAUGGGCCACGACUGCACUGAAGUACCUGCGGGAAAGUCUAUUGUUCAAGGUAUUCAUAUCAAAGAUGGACGCAUCUAUCCAGUCUGUGACUAUAGAAAAGGAGGUCAGCCAUACGGUUAUUAA